AUGUCAGUCGUCGAAAACGAAGUUGAGCAUGUCAUCAGGAGCCCUGCAGCCGACAACGGCGGCUGCAGCCCCUUCUCCAAUCCUCCCGUUUCACUACCAACACAUGACUGUGAGUCUUCGGCGAGCGAAUCUAAUUCAAACGACACUGCUAUGCAACCUCCGCGGAAGUUUCCGUAUGUUGUAGGCUUCACUACGACUGCAAGAAGGCAGCAGCCUCCGGAGCCCUUUGGUCUAGGAUAUAAGACUGAAUGCCCGUUGAUUCCACCUCCGGAGAACUGGAAGUCUCUAUCAAAAGCGGAGUUCUGCUCUUUACGCCACAUUUGCGACGAUCAAUCUCUCGAAGACGUAAAGACGUUGAACAUCACGGCGGUCAUCCGCACUGGCCAAAACAGAGGAGCACAACUCGUAGUCAUCAAUGAUGACAUGGUCGCCAAAAUCUACGAUCCGUUCUACUACGACGAAACGGACGAAUUAGGCGGCAAAGAGGACAUCAUCUUCAAUGCAUUUUCCGACUAUAGCCGCGAGGCUGCUGCCUUUUGUCAGAUACAGACUUCGCCAGCAGCGCGGGAAGUCACACCUGCAUUCCACGGAACUUGGACCAUAACAGUCGAUACCUGGGUCUAUGACAAUGGUCAGGUCCAGAAGCGCACGCGUCAAGUUCCGCUGAUCUUAAUGGAACACAUACGAGGAGAGACCAUGCGCAAUAUCGAAGCUCUAGCACUACCGGAGCGAAUACGGUCUCGCAUCCUCAAGAAGGUUAUAGAUACCGAUAUUAUCAUGUUCCACGCAGGCAUCGCCAACAGUGAUUAUUGCCCCCGAAACAUCAUGAUCACCGCCCUUCGAGGCAAUCUGGAAGACGAUGCACUUGAUGGCGUGACCAUCACAGCGAUCGAUUUCAACGUUGCGACCGUCCGUCUUCAUCCCAAAUGUGCUGGUGCAGACAUCGCACGCAAGGUGGAGGAGGAAUACAAGGCUUGGGCUCCCAAGCUUCUAUCGCCAAUGAUUCGAUGGUACAACAGUAUCGAAACAUUCGCUUGGGAUGAAUGGUGCCCUCGUGGAGACGGAGAACCCGAGCUGUGGCUAUGCGAGCAGUAUCAUAACGAUGAGCGCUAUAUUCCCGUCAUUUGGGACCCAUCCCAACCCGACGUUAGGCCAGAGCGCGUGGAGUUCGAAAGCGGUUCCGAGACAAGCGUGGAUUCAGGUCUGGGUUUAGACAUGGCAAUUGAGGAAGGCGAGAACGGCAACUGGAAGAACGUUGUUGAGUUUGCUGACUAA